AUGGUGGACUCCUUUGCGGAGUUCUACCCGGAGGCUCAGGAACGCUUCACCUGUUGGGACCAAUAUCGGAACCGGCGCCAUGAGAACGAGGGCUCUCGCAUCGACUACGUCCUUGUCGACCGGGCCUUCUUCGAACGCCACGCCGCCAAGGGCGCAGGGCUGGACUCCCGGGGCCUGGCGCCCGAGUCGCCCGGAGCUGCGCUGGCCGCGGCCACGUGCGCCGCACGGACGCAUGCGCCGCAUGCGCCGCUCGGCGGACGCCUGGGACGCUCGGGCGGUCCGGAGUGGGCGGAAGGCAAGUUUGACCCCGAGCAACUGGAGAAGGGAGCGGCUGCGUUGAAGGAGAUCGAUGCCUCCAGGCACGCGAAGCUGGCCUUCGACAUUGCCUCCGCGGAGGAGCGGACCUCCCAGCUUCGGGCGCUCUCGGAGAUGGAGAAGCAGAAGACCAUGCGGGCCCAGAUGGAGGAGCAGAUCGUGGCGGCUCAGGCGGAGGAGGCCCGCAAGACCAUCUCCUACCUGGCGGAGCAGGAGAGACUUACGGCCCAGCACAAGGCGGAGGUGGAGAACAGCCUCCAAGGCCGCAAGCUGGAGCUGCAAAAGGAGGUGACGGAGUAUCAGCUGAGGCGGGAGCAGGAGCAGUUCAUGCAGCACGAGGCCAUGCGCAUCCGCAACGAGAAGCAGCUGGAGGAGGAGGUGAGGGAGACGAUCCGGGCCCGUGGGGCCCAGGACAUCGAGACCGCCAAGGCCGCUGCCCACGCGGAGGCUGCUGGCCGUGCGCAGCAGGAGCGCGAGAAUGUGGAUGUGCGGCUGCGGGAGUACCGGGCACAGCAGGCAGAGGCUCGGAAGACGGCGCUGGACUCCAUCAACACGUUCUUCUCCAGCAUGUCCGCUGGAGCGGAAGCGCUCUACGAGGAUCGGGCCAAGGCGGUGAGCCUCGUGGGGGGCCUGACCUUGCUGGCGGGGGGCAUCUACAGCGCUCGGGCAGCCACGCGGGUUGCCGCCAGAGUCAUGGAGCGCCACUUCAGCAGGCCUCCCUUGGUGCGGGAAACCUCCAGAUGGUCCUGGAGACCGCAGCUUUCUUUGUUCCCGCAGCAUACGACCAAUCUGUUUGCUCGCAUUGUCCUAGAGGAGAACCUUGCGGAGCGGCUGCGUUGGUCCACCAAUGCGCUUCUCAGCGCGCAGCAGAACGGCACGCCCUUCCGACAUUUGCUUUUGCACGGGCCCCCCGGCACCGGCAAGACGCUGUUCGCGCGCACCUUGGCGCGGGAGUCCGGCCUGGACUACGCCGUCAUGUCGGGCGGGGACCUGGGGCCGCUGGGCCGCGAAGGCCCGCACGAGCUGCACAAGCUCUUCGAGUGGGCGCAGAAGUCGCGGAAGGGCUUGGUGCUCUUCAUCGACGAGGCGGACGCCUUCCUCCGGCGCGGCCGCGCCGGGGCCAUGAGCGAGGACGCUCGGAACUCGCUCUCGGUGUUCCUGCACCACACGGGCACGGAGAACGCGCACAUCGCCGUGAUCCUGGCGACCAACGUUCCGACCGUUCUGGAUAGAGCUGUGCUUGAUCGCAUCGACGAAGGCUUUGAAUUUCCCAGGCCCGCUUACCCGCAACGCUUGCAGAUGCUGCAGAUGUUUGCGGACCAGUAUCUUCACCGCAAGAAGGGCAAUCGCGCCAUGAUCGAAGUGGACCCCGAACUGGAUGACAAAUUUUUGGAGGACGUGGCGAAACGCACUGAAGGAAUGUCUGGCCGGCAGCUUGCGAAGCUGGUGCUGGCGUUUCAAUCCGCGGUCUUCGGCUCGGGCACGAUGCGUCUCACGCAAGGCCUGGCCCAGACUGCCAGCGAUGGAGGAGGACUCUCCGAAUUCUUUGAAAUGGCCAGAAGUGCUGGAGAAAUGCGCGUGGAGGACGAGUACUUUGCACAGUUCCGAGCAGACAAAGAGGCACAGCUGGGCCAUAGCUUUCCCUCUGAGCCCCAGCAACUUUCUGACCACGUCGCCGUUUCCAUCUUCCUGCGCAACGUUCCCAAGCCGGCGCCCGUGGCGCGCAGCGCCGCCACGCAGCGCUGCCAGCCUCACCUGGGCGCCAAGCGCAUCACGGACUUCUUUGCGCGAAAGGACCAGGAAGUGCCGCCCAAGCGGCGAGCCGUGGCUGCCUGA